AUGGAUGCUUGUCAUUUAGUACUUGGAAGACCAGGGCAAUAUGAUAAGCGUGUUAUUCAUGAUGGAUAUGGUAACACCUAUUCAUUCAUAAUUGAUGGACAACUUCCACCCAUGCGCGAUAUUCAACAUCAAAUCGACCUUAUACCAGGAGCAUCAUGGCCAAACAAAGCCGCUUGUAGGAUGAAUAAAGAUCAAAUGUGCGUUUUGAUGCCAUUGCACCCUAAAGAACUUUCAAAGAAGGCAAAGACAGUGUCUGAUGCGCAAAUAACCAGGUCCCAAAUUAUUGGGCACAUCAAUAAAGGAGAGCCAUUGUUUGAUAUCUCUGAACCAUUAGAACUUCCACCCAUGCGCGAUAUUCAACAUCUAAUUUACCUUAUUCAAGGAGCAUCGUGGCCAAACAAAGCCGCUUAUAGGAUCAAUCCUACACUACAAGCUGAACUCCAAAGAGCAGCAGAUGGUGAACCUAAUAUGCAAGCAAGAAAAGGUCGUUGGGUUCAAGAAUGUGAAGGAAGAGCAGCCGAUCAUGACAUGGAGAUGGAAGAGAUGAGAAGGACACUAAAACAGCUACAGAGGCAACUACAACACUACGAAAAUGUUCCGUUAGAACUUCCACCCAUGCGCGAUAUUCAGCAUCAUAUUGACCUUAUACCAGGAGCAUCGUGGCCAAGCAAAGCCGCUUAUAGGAUGAAUCCAACACUACAAGUUGAACUCCAAAGGCAAGUCGAAGAAUUAUUGGAGAGGGAAAAUAAGGGAGAGCCUUAG